UGUGGAGACACACAAAAAGCACAGCAGGUAAGAGCUGAAGGUUGUUGCCAAGAAGGAACUGUCCCAGGUGGCAGGGCGGAAAGGAUCGCAGAAUCGGAGGCCUAUUCCUUUGAGUCUUCCGGCGUUCUCAAGCUUGUCUUCUUCCAUCAGUUUCGAGAGGAGGGACGUUGUCAGAGCCUUCCCUAUCGGUGCACCUAAUCCUGUUAUCAGCUUGGUUAUACAUAUUAAUGUCCCUGACCCUUCGGUGAUGGUGACCCAUCAGAUUCAGGGCUGUUAGGAAGGCCGUCACCAGGCUUGCCCCUCCCUUCCAGAAACCUAUGAGACGCAGGGCCAAGCAGACUCGAUGGCAGCCUUUCCCGAGAGCUGCGUGGACGCCACCGUCCUGGACUUCGUCGCAGACCUAUCCCUAGCCUCCCCGGGGCACCCUCUCCUCUGCGACUUGACACCUAGGGUCCCCUAUGGGAACCACCAGGACCUUGUGCUCCGAGACGGAAGACCCAGGAGUCUGGCGCGUUUUGAGGAAGAGGAUCCAGAAGAAGAGGAGGGGGAAGGAGAAGAUGGGGAAAACGAGGAGGAAGAGGAGCACGGGAGAGGCGCCUCCCUGCUGGGCCGCCCCAAGAGGAAAAGAGUGAUCACCUACGCCCAGCGCCAAGCAGCCAACAUCCGCGAGAGGAAGCGAAUGUUCAACCUCAACGAGGCCUUCGAUCAGCUGCGGAGGAAGGUGCCCACUUUUGCUUACGAGAAGAGGCUCUCCCGGAUCGAGACUCUGCGCCUGGCCAUUGUCUACAUCUCCUUCAUGACCGAGCUCUUGGAGAGCUUGGAGAAGGAAAGCGACUGAGCCAGGGUCGGGUGGAAGUGUCUGCCCACUCCUUGCCUGGGCGCGCACGGGUUUGGGGUGUUUGAAGACCCAGCAGUGGGUGCGACGGAAAGGCCAGGAGGGGCCCUCCCAAACAGAACGACUGGCCUUCGCAGGAGCUUGGUUCUGGAUUAUAACAUGUCCACAGUCCUCGAGAGGCGUGGAAGCCGUAGAUUUAAUAUAUAUGCGGUCGCUGUCGAUGGAGUAUGGGGCAGGAGCCGGCGAGGCGAGUGAGGACGAGCUAAAACCGAGUUGGGGCAGUCGAGGCCCACGUCCACGAGCAGCGUCUGUCGGGCGGGUGGGAAGCUAACCCUCCCCGCAGUCGGGAGACUUUGGGAGCGUCUGUGCAGUCCUAGCUUUUAACUUUUCUUUCUUUCUUUCUUCUUUAAUAUAACUAUAAGGAGAUAUUCCUUUUUUUUUUUUUUUUUGCCUCUAGAAUCGGCGCUGAGCCAUCCCAGGCAGGCGCUCCGCUCCGGCCCGUGCUCGUGGGGUGCGGGAAGGGGAGAGGGGCGGAGAGGGUGGUCCUAGUCCGGUGAGGAGUGAGGGUUACUGGGUCUUCUGAGAGGCCCAGGGCGCUCCGGCUCUCUCGUGCGGUCCUCUUAGUCUUGUCGAGAGGCAGAAAGAAGGAAAUGAGAAACCAGGAGACAUUAUUCCCCUCCCCUCGCCUCCUCUCCCUCCCCUUACCUUCCCCUCCGCUUAGGCUCUAAACAGCAACCCUGGUGUGGCCCCUCCCGGAGUAGGAUGCUUGAACCGGGAGGGAACUGGGGACAGCUCCAGCUUACGCGCUGGGGGUGCAGCUGGGCUUACAAGGCGUCUCGGGCCCCCGGAGCCUUUACCACCUACAGUUGUUUCCCCUGGUCGCCUACGGGGGAAAAGGGCCGGGUCUUCCCAGGGGCAGCCCCACCAGAGCGCGCACUUUCAAAUUUUUAGCUAUAGGUAGGGAAAGAUAGUUUUCAUUCUAGUUGCAUCUAGGGAUAAGGGAGAGAAAACGUCAGAGGAGGAAAUUCAUUCUUCCACUUUGCCAAAAAGUGUGCGGUGGACAUGAGUUUGAAGCAAGAUCGUGCUCAGGGGCUCCCUCCAGUUUGGACGGUCUGCCAUUUCACAGUUCUUUUGUGCUAAGGAAGAAUUUCUGCCAACAACUGAAAUGGGGUUCUUAAGAUAGCAGUAGGUAAGUGAGGAGAGGAAUCAGAAUGAGUAAUCCCCAUCUACUGUAAAGUGAAUAAAUCCUAUUGUUCCAACACUAUAUUUUGCUCUCACCUCGCAAAUCCUUGGGCGGAUGUGCACAGACACACACAGGUCUCCCUAUUAGCCUUUUAGAAACGUGUUUCAUUUUAUUAAGAAGUAAUAUAUACUCAUCCUAAAAAGUUUAGAAAAUUAAAAUUUAAGAAUAAAUUUAAAUCACUUCAUGUUACCACAUAACGUUUUAAUCUAUUUCUUUUAGUCUUUUUUAUACAGAUAUAAAUUCAAUGUGUUAAACAAAUCUGGGAUACUUUUGGAAUUUGUCCACUCAGCAUUAUAGAAUGAGCACUCUUUCCUUGACCUUAAGUAUUACUCAAACGUAAUUUUGAUCACUGUAUUCUAUUAUUAUAUCCAUGUAUCACAACUUCACUCCAGUACUUUACAAGUGGAUGCCUAUUUUCUCUUUUAAAAAAUAAAUGAUGAUGCAAGAGCACUCUUAUAAAUAUUUUCUGUGCCUAUGAUAAUUUCCUGACACUAAGUGACUAGAAGUGAAAUUUCUGCACCAAGGGAACAUUUAACUUUGUAGCUAAAGGCCAGAUUGCCUUCCAAGCAGAUCUGCCAGUUCACAUA